CAUCUUCAUCUUCAUCUUCAUCUUCAUCUUCAUCUUCAUCUUCAUCAUUACAGUCACUGGAAUUAUCCGCUUCUUCCUCAAGUGCUUCGUCCAGAUUCCAGUUAGAGAAUUCAGCCUCGCGCUAUAAAAGAGCAACCAGAUACAAUAUAUGACGCAUCAUGAUGGUUUCAUCGCGUCCGAGUUAUAAGUUAUAGAUCUCUUGCUGCUGAUGUGUUUUAAAAUGUAGAACCCUAAACACAUAACAAAUGAACCAUUUCCAUAUAUCAACAUAUCGUCUCAGGCAAUCUACAAAUUUGAAUUCGCAGGGCCAAAAGCUGUCUUUCCAAUACGUAUUCAGCCAGCAUGGAGAUCUAUAUAAAGUCUUCACUAGCGUGAACCUGGCUCGAUCCACUAUGAGGUCGACACCACGGAGAAUAACUCAUAGCUGAGCUUCUACGGUGGCUGGGCUUCGGAGUGCUGUAUCGUGCCACUGGCCCAACAGAUAAUCUUCGCUCCAUGCUGGUUUGGGCUUUUUUUGCUGUAGCCGCACUGAUGCCAAGCGGACGAUUAUGGAAUAGGCGAGGCCAUCCUGUAUGCUGCGCCAUGGCGUUGUUUCAUUCCGUUCGACGUCCUGAUCAUCAGGCUGAUGGUCAUGGUGCUUUGGAGGCCACAUGUUUGAAGAUAGUCAGGGUCGCCAGAGUAAAUAAGAAUCAAUCGAGGAGGGCGAAAUCUUUGUUGCAUAUAUACUGGCGUCAGUAGAGCCCUUGCUAUAUUUCUACGGCGCGGUCACG